AGGUGCUUCUAGGUGAGGUGCAUAUUCAAAAGAAACAAUAGAAGUGUGUCAACAAUCGUGUAAAAUAACGUGAACCUGUUUCUAAGCAUUAAAUUUCCCUCCUGGUACCUUUGACACCCCUGAGUUAUAUUAAAACAAGUGCUGCGUAGAGCGAUCUGUCAAAUUGGAUCAGACAGGUUGUUUUGGUUUUAUAUUUUAUGUAAAUUCAAUUCGCUGCAAUCAAAGCAAUUUGGGUUGGGGAUAUUGGACCGAAAAAUAAACACUGAGACUACAAUCAAAGCAACCUGCUUUACCGAUACGCCAGUACUCGUCAUAUCUUUUAAAUACAUCCCGCAGGAGAACUCGGCCUGUGAAAUGACGUCGUCAUACGUUCCGUUUCGCUCACCUUGCUGCUACUACUUCCGGCUGUGAUGCAGCAUUAGAAAGUUUCAUUUUAUUUCAGAAUCACUACCGGCAAAAGAAUUGCUUCUACAGGAACAAACACACACCUCUGCUGUUUGUUAUCACCUGUUCAUCUGUUUACGACACUUGUGAUGGGACACGCGCAAAGAAAUGUGGCCGUUUUGCUGCUUGUGCUAGGUGUCACCGUUCCGGAAUGGUCACUGCAGGUCGCAGGCCGCAUUGUCGGUGAUAACGUUGCUGGUUCGAAUGUGUUGUACACCGAUAUACCACCGCUACUGUCCCAUGUAGCUGACCAGACGACUCCGAUGCAUAUGGCCGUUGGUGAGCCACCAAUUUCCGUCGGAAUUCUCGAAGGGGCUGCAGGUGUUUCGAAACCAACCAAUUUGCCCAAUAUCGACCACCAACCGGGAAGUGACGGCAAUGGAGCUACAGAACCAUCUGCUACGGUUCCGAUGGCAUCCAGUAGCUCACCGGUCUCAUCUUCCGUACCGAUCGGUGGUUCUGGUGUGACCCUUUCCUCGAGCGGUGGAUCAACAACCAGCACCAGUACGGUCGCGGUCACGACCUCAUCCACCGUGCCACCGACCACUACGUCCAGCACGUCUAGUACGAUCACGACCCAAACGUCCACUACGACAACUUCCACUAGCGCACCGAAUGCUGUUGGUGUUCCGCCAGCCACCUCCACAUCAAGCAAUUCGCGCACCGUUCCAGCCACACCGUCAAUCGAAUGUUACCACGCGCAACCCGAACUCUGCGCGGAAAGAAGGAGUGGCGAUUGUGAGUGUAGUAUCGAUCCGCUCGUACCAGCCGCCCUGUACUGUUGCAACGUAACAGACAUUAACAAAGCGAUCGGGUGUGUCACAAACGCACCGGAAACGGCCAGCUGGAAGUAUCUACAUAUGCGCAAUGUGACCGUGCGCGAGCUGGCACUGAAUGUGUCGAAUCGGUACAUCAAGACGCUACUAUCGCUCGCCAUUACCGACGGCACGAUACAGCGCAUUAGCACAUCGUUUGCCCGGUUCUCAUCGCCCGUCUGCCUUAAUGUGUCCAACAACAACAUUAGUGAAAUAGAGCCACGCGCUUUUCGCGAGCUGCGUAACCUCACCAUGCUUGAUCUUUCGUACAACAAUCUGUCCACCAUACCGUCCACAAACGGGAAGUUCCGGCUCGAUAUACGUGGUAACGUUGGGAUGCUGUGUAAAUCGCUGCUGGAAUCGCUUAAAAGUGGAGUCAAGUUUAAGGAUCCGGAAUCAACCUUCUGCCUAACGAACCGCACCUUCAACUGGUUUAACUCGACGGACAGUUUGCCGCUGCAUCAGCUCGAAACGAUACAGCGCGUGCAGGACGAAUGUCCGGAGAACUGUACCUGCGAGCUGGAUAGGUUAAACUUCGAUCUGAAUAAUACGGAACGUAAAACGAUCACCACGCGUGUCGCCUGUACCGGGCUCGGGCUGACCAAGUUCCCCGAUCGACUACCAGCCGGGACGGUAACGCUCAACAUCUCCAACAACAAUAUAACCAGCCUGGAGGCGUUAAAUACACCGCCGUACCAGUCACUGCUCCGUCUGCACGCGGACGACAACCAAAUCAGCUCGCUGAGCGACCUGGAGGGUAUGGAUUUUAUCUCCCGCUUCACGCUGUUCUCGAUCCGGCGCAACAAGCUAAAGACCGUCCAAUCGUACAUCUUCACCAAAUCGCUCGAUCUCGGCUCGUACAUCUUUCUCGAGGGUAACCCGAUGACGUGCGACUGUAACGCGGCGAAGGGUUUUAAAAAUUGGCUGCUCAGCCGCAAGGCGCAGGUACCCGACCACGAGGACAUCUUCUGCGAGGGCAACACCAACCUGCCGCAGCUGGUGACGAUACAGGAGAGCAAGCUGUGCCAGUCCCAGCACGACUGGACCGACUACAUCUACUAUCUGAUUGCGACCGAGAUACUGCUGCUGCUGGCACUCGUCUGCAAGGUGUCGUACGACUACUGGGUGUUCAAGACCGCCGGCUACCUACCGUGGCCGGCCAACAAGAUGCCCAAGCUGCCGUGCGAUUGUUUGUGCGAGUAGGUAAACCUGGCCGAGCACAAUUCAAUGAAAGCGGUGUCGAAUGUUUAUAGACCGAUGUUGUUUAAAAACUCUCUUUCAAAUGUUUCUCUCAUCAACUGUGAUAAAGAAAACACACAAAAUGGGGUUUUCUGCGGGCGAUGCCUAUACGUAACCCCCUUUUUAUCCCUCUUUGCUACGCCUAUUUUCGAUAUUAGUAUGCGUCGUAAUAAGUUUAAAAAAAACCAUACAUCCGUCUUUAAACGAAAUAUAUUAGCAUGAUAUAUUCUCAUUUCAAGUAUAACUAAAGUUUAGCUAAGCUUAAGUGAUAUUGCACGUGCCUUUCUCAUUUGAUCGAAGGAUGCAAAAAUAUAGAACAAAGUAAUAUGUA